ACUCUCUCUCUGGUUACUAAUUUUCUCUCACUAAUAUCAGAAAAUGCCGCCGUCGUUACCGUCUCUGCAACUCCGGCGACUGCUCCUCCGCACUAUCGGCUCCUCCUCCUCCUCCGCUAAUAUUCUCCAAUCCCAGUCACGGCUCAUUUCUUCCACACCAUCUUUUUCUCCUCUACCGCCUUCCCGUCCCUCAAUAUUCUCAACAUUUCCUUGUAGAUUCUUCUCAUCUGAAACAAAUGCGGAUUCAGAAUCUUCAGAUCCGAAUCAGAUUGCUCUCUCUUUCUCCAAGGAGCUCACUGGGAAUCCAGAGGCGGAGUCUCACUCUAUUUCUCAGAGAUUCAAUCUCAGCUUCUCCCACAUCACGCCGAAUCCGGAUUUGAUUCUUCAAACACUGAAUCUGUCCCCUGAAGCUGGUCGCGCUGCUCUCGGGUUUAACGAGUGGUUGGAUUCGAGCAAUGGCUUCUCUCAUACGGAUGAGACAGUUUCGUAUUUCGUCGAUUACUUCGGUCGUCGGAAGGAUUUCAAAGGAAUGCUAGAGAUCAUCUCGAAAUACAAAGGUAUCUCCGGAGCUAAAACACUUGAGUCUGCGAUUGAUAGGCUGGUUCGAGCUGGUAGACCUAAGCAGGUCACUGAUUUUUUCGAGAAAAUGGAGAACGAUUACGGGUUGAAACGUGACAAAGAGUCACUGACGUUGGUUGUGAAGAAGCUUUGUGAGAAAGGCCAUGCGAGUAUCGCGGAGAAGAUGGUGAAGAACACUGCCAAUGAUAUUUUUCCUGAUGAAAAUAUUUGUGAUCUGUUGAUUAGUGGUUGGUGUACUGCUGAGAAACUUGAUGAAGCAACUAGGUUAGCUGGUGAGAUGUCUAGAGGAGGAUUUGAGAUAGGAACCAAAGCUUAUAACAUGAUUCUUGAUUGCGUUUGCAAGCUUUGUAGGAAGAAAGACCCGUUUAAGCUUCAACCUGAAGUAGAGAAGGUUUUGCUCGAAAUGGAGUUCCGCGGUGUGCCCAGAAAUACAGAGACUUUCAAUGUGUUGAUUAACAAUCUUUGUAAAAUAAGGAGAACCGAAGAAGCCAUGACAUUGUUUGGUAGGAUGGGUGAAUGGGGUUGUCAACCAGACGCUGAGACAUACCUUGUUCUGAUUAAGAGUUUAUAUCAAGCAGCUAGGAUUGGUGAAGGAGAUGAAAUGAUCGAUAAGAUGAAAUCAGCUGGAUACAGUGAGUCUUUGACUAAGAAAGAGUAUUACGGUUUUUUGAAGAUAUUGUGUGGGAUUGAGAGGCUUGAGCAUGCCAUGAGUGUGUUCAAGAACAUGAAAGCGAAUGGAAUCAAACCUGGGAUCAAAACUUAUGAUUUGUUGAUGGGGAAAAUGUGUGCGAAUAACCAGCUAACUAGAGCUAAUGGUUUGUACAAAGAAGCAGCUAAGAAAGGUAUCGCUGUUAGCCCCAAGGAAUACAGAGUCGAUCCACGGUUUUUGAAAAAGAAGACCAAGGAAGUGGACAGCAAUGUGAAGAAGAGAGAGACGUUACCUGAGAAAACCGCGAGGAAGAGGAGACGGCUCAAGCAGAUCAACAUGAGUUUUGUUAAGAAACCGCACAACAAGAUGAGACGAAGAAUGUGAUGCUGAUGAUCUUCAACAUCUGAUAGAAUUAUUUAAAGAUUAUUAUGGUCUGUGUUCUUUCCUUUUUUAUGAUUUUGUAAGGAGAAUUCUUCUUUUUGCUUGGUCACGAGCAAAUAGCUCCAAUAAUUUUGGUUUGCCUCAAUGCAUCGUUUACCCAGA